AGUCGUUUGUCUUUGGUCAAAGCAACAUGGUGUCACCCUGUAGACAAUGUGAAUGUAAACAGACGCACUCACCUCUUAAUCGAUAAUUACUGAUAUAUCAGCUGUAACACACCGGUGAGCGUCGCCGCGGCUCCAUGGCUCUCAGACUGUGGGCUCGGCUCCUCAGGGGCUCGGCCGUCCUCUCCUCGCGGGGCGUCGGCUCUGCUCGACAGGAAAGUGCGUCAUGGCUCCUGACAGCGGGAAAUGUUGCCUGCUGCAGAGGAGGGAGAAAUGGAUUUAUCUUCACUCCUGCUUGUUUUAUUACAUCAGAGGCGUUUCUCAACAGACUGAUGAAAGGCAAUGCAGCAGAGGCAGACGGCAGCUUUUAUCGCCUCCCAGCCUCAGUUCCGCCGGACAGCGGGGAACAACUGUCUUUGUUACUGAGACAUCCAGAUCAGCCUGACAACUCAAAAGUAUUGAAAGUGGCUAUAAUAGGCCCUCCAAAUGCUGGGAAGUCCACAUUAUCCAACCAGCUCCUCGGCAGAAAGGUGUUUGCCGUGUCUAAGAAAGUGCACACUACACGGUCCCGUGCGCUGGGCGUCGUCACAGAGGAUGACACACAGAUAAUUUUACUGGACACUCCUGGUCUCACCACUCCGUCAAAGGUUAAAAGACACCAGCUGGAGAAGUCUUUGCUUGUGGAUCCCUUGAACACAGUCAAAGAAGCUGACCUAGUGGUGGUGGUGGUGGAUGUGGCAGACAGAUGGAUGAGCAGCAGGCUUGACUUUGAGGUGCUCAAGUGCCUCGCCCAGCACCCAGACAUCCCAGCUGUCCUGGUCCUCAAUAAGGUGGACCUGGUGAAGGCGAAGGACAAGCUGCUGGAUAUCACUGCAGGGCUGACAUGUGGAAUGGUGAAUGGACGCAGGAUAAGGGUCAGGCCAGUGAUCAAGCCUCCGUGGGCCAAAAAGAGGUCAGAGGGGGAUUCGGAGCUCUCACCUGACGAGCACAUCGCAGAGCCUGAGGGCAGCGCUGAGACGAACUCUGUGCUGAACAAAGAGCAGCUGAAGACACUGAAGAGCCAGGAGGGCUGGCCUCACUUCAAAGAUGUCUUCAUGCUGUCCUCUGUGGACAGUCAGGACGUGGAGACGCUGAAGAGCUACUUCAUGGCUGCCGCUAAGCCCGCACCGUGGCAGUACCACAGUGAGGUCCUGACCGAUCAGAGUCCAGAGGAAGUCUGCACCAAUAUCAUCAGAGAGAAGCUUCUGGAGUAUCUGCCCCAGGAAGUGCCUUACUCAAUGACACAGUCUGUUGAACUGUGGCAGGAUGGAGAAAACGGUGAGCUCGAUAUUUCAGUGAAACUUCACGCCACGAAAGAAACUCACAUGAAGAUGGUGAUCGGCGCGGCCGGCCAGAUGGUAGCACGGAUCGCCCGAGAGGCCGGCGAGGACCUGAGUCACAUCUACCUGAGGGAUGUGAAGCUGAAGCUCUCAGUCAAGCUGAGGAAGUGAAGAGGAAGGAAAGACUUCAAUAGCGAAACCCUGAGGAGACGAAGAGGUGGAGACGGAUCCUGCUGGAUUUAUCUGCAAAGGGCAGAACUGGAGGAUAAGAUCUGAUCAUGAGUCUGAGGAGGUGACAUAUACUGUAUCCACAGACUCGGAGCUCCCACUGAGCUUGUACCUCUUUAGAGAAGAAACCGUACUCAAAAGUUUGAUGUUUGCAUCAGCAGCGACUGUCACGCAGUCCCAUGAGACGUAAAAGAUUUUCAUAUAAAGAUGGCACCUUUAAGAUGUAGUCAUUCUUAUAGUGGUUGUUGUUGUUGUAGAAUAAAAUUCUGUUAAAUAUA